CUCAUUGGACCACAUGUUUGUUGGCAUUUACCAUUCCUCCCAUACCAAUAUAAACUGGAUUUUUACCUGGAUUCAGCAGAUAAUUCCUGAACUACCUCCAGAUUGCAAGUUUGUUUCUCUUUAUCUUUGAAUAUAUCACGCGUUGACCAUGUACCUCAAGUCAAACCUAUUCCAAAACCACAAUACCAUGGAAGCUUAAAGUUACGUUUCUACUAGGCCUAUAGCUAAUGUAACUAAUUGUAAAGUUUGUUAAAACAUUACAGUUAGUGUGGACAGGCUGGUAUUGAGGUGUAGGGGAACAACCUCUCCCAUAUUGAAUAUAGGCCUAUUGUUUUGCAAGUGGUACAAUGUUUAAUUUCUAUCAUAAAAAAGGCUCACUCUCAGUUAUUUUAAGGGGACACUUUACGUUUACAAAAGAAAAACUAGCGUAUCUUAUUUUAUUCUAUAGGCCUACUAUUAUGCUUAUAUUGUCUUAACAUCUGUACUAUUCUAUGAUUGGUGAAAGGUUCUUAAUCUUUGUUUUGGAAAUAAAUUAUUAUCUAAUAUAAUAAUAUAAUAAUGAUAAAUUGAUAUAUUGUGGUUACAAACUCAAUGAGAAGACUUGCUCGAACUUGCUUCAUUGCGCAAAUCAGAAUAAAAAACAAACUUAAAUAUCGGAAGCGAAUAAACAAACACGAUAAACCAUGUAAACGCUGCCUACAUGGUUAAAUCAAGAAGAGCUCUUCUAUCCCGUCAGACGGGGAGGCGUGGCCAAACAACCCAGAGUUAUCAGGGAGGGAUCCGCGUGCGGUGGCUGGAGGGAGUCAUUCAGUCAGGUAGGAGGUAGGGCAGCAACCGUUGAUAGUUUUUGUGUCCGUAGUGUUUGAUCAGCUCCACCAGCCUAAUGUGGACCAAGUGCGAACCAAUCGGCGCAUCUUUUUGCGGGUUCACCAUCAAAAGCACAUCCAUUACGCAUGAUCACAAAUCGGUGGAUGAAUGAUACCUGUCAGUUUCCGUGGGAAGAAAACGAUUUAAAAUGGACAGCCUAGGCAGCCGCUGUAAAAUUGUUGUGGUUGGAGAUACACAAUGUGGUAAAACCGCACUGUUGCACGUUUUCGCUAAGGACUGCUAUCCAGAGAACUAUGUAGCUACAGUGUUUGAAAACUACACCGCCAGCUUCGAGAUCGACAAGCAGCGGAUCGAGCUGAACAUGUGGGAUACGUCAGGUUCCUCGUACUACGACAAUGUGCGGCCACUGGCAUAUCCCGACUCAGACGCGGUCCUCAUCUGCUUUGAUAUCAGCCGCCCCGAGACUUUGGACAGCGUCAUGAAGAAGUGGCAUGCGGAAACGCAGGAGUUCUGCCCCAAUGCCAAGGUGGUGCUGGUGGGCUGCAAGCUGGACAUGAGGACGGACAUGGGCACCCUGAGAGAGCUGUCCAAGCAGAGGCUCAUCCCAGUCCCACACGAGCAGGGCAGCACGAUAGCCCGGCAGAUGGGCGCGGUGGCGUACGUGGAGUGCACCUCCAAGGUGUCAGAGAACAGCGUGCGUGACGUCUUCCACGUCACUACGCUGGCGUCGGUGCGCCGGCCGCCAGGCAGCAAGCCACAGCUAAAGCGCAGCAGCUCCAGGAGGGGCCUGAAGAGGGCUUCCCACCUCCCUCUCACCCCCCUCCCCGGGCGGGAUGAGGACCUGGAGCCCGUCCCGGCCAUGAGGAAGGACAGGGCCAAGAGCUGUGUGCUCAUGUAGAGAACCCCCCCACCCACCCGCGGUGCAGGACC